UCCCUGUUGGCCCCGCUUCUACCGCUGUUAUCCAAAACUGGAUUAAGCGACCCAACAAAGUUAGUUCCUUUGGCUAUAGGUUAUCUGAGGUCCAAUAUGAAUCUGCUAGCAAAGAAAGGUGUAAGUGAACCUUGUACGAAUGAUCUAUAUAUGUGGGCCACAGGACUUCAAACGUUUCAAGGCUGGGCUUGGAAAAUGAUUGAUUCAGGAUUCAAGAUUCCGAGUAAUUUAGCAGGUUUAAACCUUAAAUGGAUGGGCGACAUGGGCGAAUGCACCGCUAUCCAUGCUAGCGCUUAUAACAACUACACUCGAAGUAUGCAGGAAUUUGACGGGAAAUACUGUCGUCUUCUUAUACCAGUAUCGGGCAUUCCAGGGGCAGGUUUUCAGAUGAUGGUGCUGGGUUCGUGCGCAUCAAGCCAUUGUUCCAACAGUGAUGUGAAAAUUAUUGUAGACUCACCUAUAGAAGCUGUGGUACCGAAAACAUUCACUAGCAGAUCAAUAGUAUCGUGCGUUGUGGAGAAGGAACUAGAUUCUAAGGCCAUCGCCGUCAUAUGUUUUUUGGCUAUUCUUGGAGCGGUCGUCACUAUAGCAACGCUCUAUGACGUAAUCACUAUUCAGCUUAAGUCAGACGACAGCGAACCAAACUCUUACAAGCUACAACAUAAUGAAGCAGUAAAUAUGAAUACUAUUCACACUAAUGGCGCUUACACUGUGACAGAAGCUGAAAAUGGCCCACUUCCGGUAAAAGAGGAUCUUGGGACUUCAAUACAAAACGGAGUAAUACUAACCUCCGAUUUUAGUAUUACCAAUAAACCGAAACAAGAGCAAAGCAGAAUAGUGAAGGCGGUUCUAGCUUUCUCUGCGUAUACAAAUGCACGUAAAUUACUGAGUACCAGCCAAGCUUCCGGAAGUUUGAGCGCAAUCAAUGGCAUCCGUUUCUUAAGCAUGGCUUGGGUCAUUUUAGGCCAUACUUACUUUUUCGCAUUGAACUAUACAGCUAAUGGUUUUGACUUAGGAAAAACAAAAAUCAAUCAGUAUUCAUUCAUGGCUAUCAUAUAUGCAACCCCGUCUGUGGACAGUUUCUUUGCGCUCAGCGGUUGUUUGGUUGCAUACCUGACUCUACGGGAACUCCAGAAGGUGGGAGGAGCUAAAAAACUGAAUUGGUUCAUGUUCUACUUUCACCGAUUUUGGAGGCUGACGCCCCCAUAUAUGUUGAUAAUUUUGGUUGGAACGAUAUUGUAUCGAUAUAUCGGUAACGGUGCACUUAAGCCAGAUGGCGAUAACCCAUUUAUGGAGAACUGCCGAGAUAACUGGUGGACGAAUUUGCUGUACAUCAACAACUUUGCAAAAACAGAUAAAAUGUGUAUGGGAUGGACCUGGUACUUGGCCAAUGAUAUGCAGAUGUAUAUUCUCAGCCCGCUUAUUUUCUUACCACUGUUCUAUAACAUAAUUGCCGGUGGAGUAGUGUCUGCGAUAUUCAUGAUUGGCACAAUCAUAGCAACAGCCGUGAUAUCACAUGAACACCAGUACCCUGUACAAAGUGCUUCGCCAUAUGCACCUACAAAACAAGACGGACACUAUAAUGAUUUGAUGUACAUACCGUUUUAUACAAGAAUGGGACCUUACAUAGUUGGUCUAAUAACUGGCUUCGUUUUGUAUAAAUGUAAAUGCAAGUUCAGGAUACCAAAGGUAAUAAACCUUGGUUGCUGGGUCCUGUGUGUUCUGAUGACAACAGCGGUUAUCUAUGGUCCCUAUACGAAGGAUGACGGCCAUAUAAUGAGCACAGAUGAUUCUACGGCGUACUAUACAUUGUUUAGGACAGUGUGGGGAAUAGCCGUUUGUUGGGUUAUCUUUGCUUGUGCGACAGGAAAUGGAGGUUGGAUCAAUGAUAUACUGUCCUGGAGUCCGUAUGUUCCACUAGGACGACUUACCUAUUGCGCAUAUCUCCUUCACCCUCUCGUCAUGAUGAUGUUCUACGAGAACAGAAUGCAGCCGGUCUAUUUCACAGACUAUGAUACGGUCUAUUAUUUCCUUGGAAACCUAGUUCUGUCGUAUGGUGCAGCGUUUGUCAUUUCGUUAUUCUUUGAAUCGCCGAUGAUGGGCCUGGAGAAAGCCAUCUUCAAAAAGUAGCUGAUAUAGAGCUGAUCCCUGAAGUGCUUAAAUAUUACAGUAGAUAAGAUAGAGUGAACCAUUAUCAUAACUAAAUCAUCUAAAGUAAUGGUUUAUGAGAAAGAUAUUGGACAACACAUUCAAAUAACAUGUUAUACGAAAUCAAUAAAAUCAGUUCUCGCAACAUGGGACUAUUUUUCACAUAUUUCAGGAUUGGAUAAAUUAUGAAAAUUGUGAAACCACGAAGUGUUAUUCCCAGGAAACCAGAUUUUACAUUUUAUGAACAUACAUAUUUACAUGUCAAUGCUUUGAUGAAGUAAACAAAAUAAAAAUUCUA